AUGUCUGAUACAGAGAUGAAUGAAGCCUCACCUGUGCCCACCUUGCCGCAACCAAACGACGGUGGCCGCAUGCACAUGUCAUCCCUGUCAUCUUCUUCGUCUAUAUCUGACGCCGAGACUGAACGUCGGGGUCGAUCUGAACGUCCAAGAAUGGCGAGCCGCAAACCCAGCGCAUCUAUCCUAGUCCCUCGGGACCACCCUGAAAUCGAGAUUGAGGAGGAGGAAUUCCCUCCCGACGACGCCCGUGCCAUGAGUCCCCGCCGAAAUUCCGCUGAUUUAGAACGAUUGGGCAAAGAAGCCCGCCAAACACUUCAAGAGCAAGCCAAGGCCCUCCAAUCGUCCCUUCAAGCCAUCGCAGAGCGCAUUGAUGUGGUCAAAUCAGACCAUGACAAGCUGGAGAAUGAGAACAAAAUUCUGCAAGAUUACAUAGGUGGCCUUACACGCAACAUGACCAAGACCGAAAUGAGCCGCAGUACGAAAGCACGCAAGGCGCAGAAGUAA